AUGGGCCGCAUGACACGCGCGAAAGCGGCUGAGGUCGCCGACAAGAUGCUCAUCGACGAGGAUGCUGUCCUGAAGCUCCCCAGCGAUGCGAUCGACCCCGCGCUUCACACGCCGUCCAAAUCCGACCGUCCAGCAUUGGGAGAGAUCGAGCCGAACAGUGCAGGAAGCGCGCGCUCCGACAUCGAACUACCGACCGAUCUCAUGAAGGCGACCCGCAGCAGGCAAGGAGAGAAGUCCGGCAAGAAGUCGAACAACAACGGUGUCAUGAGCGCAAGCGCUAGUACGGAGAGUUUACUAGCGCCAGCACCAGAGGUCGUGGCAGAUGAGGCCGAAGUUGCUGGGUCGCCAGCAAGCAGAGCAGCCUCGGACGACUUGAUGAAAGACCUACCCGAACUGGAAAUGUCUCAUUUGCCAGUCCAUGAUAACAGGCCGCAGUCACCUCCAAGCAGCGCCGUCAGAUUGAACAGGAGCCAACUUGCACAGGGCGAGUCUGGCGGGAGCUUCGCCGAGAACGAAGUGAACGCAGCACAGUCACCACAACCAACUCCGCAGCAGGAUUGCCAGGCUUCAUCGAAACACAGCGGCCAGUUGACGGGAACCAUGCCGAACUUCCUUCAAACUAGGAACACUGGCCAACUCGACGACGUACACGACCGCCCAGCCGCAAACGAGCUCAAAUCUGGUGCGCUGGGUCUCGAUCAGUCCACCUACGACAUCCUGGAGGCGGCUGCGAUAGAGGCACAGACACCACCGAAAGCCGGGAGAGUUUCUUUUGGCAACGAAGAUGCAAUCACUGAGAUGGACGCACUGGACGAAGUUGUAGAGAUGGUGAGCGCGGAAGUCCCAGAAGUUCAGCCUUCGCCACAGAAGGCAAAGCCGCGAAAGUCAUCGGCACCCAUCGUACGCAUGAGCAAGGCAGCCCAGGCAAGAAUUUCUCUUGCUCAAGGAAAUGAGAUCGCAAAGACUCCAGCGCUGGGUAAAAGCAGGACUUCCAUGGCAGGACUCGGGCAGUCGAAGCGAGUCGCGUCGGCUUCGAGUGAAGGUCCAGCAGAUGAGCCGAGCGAAAAUAUCGAGGCUGUCAUCCCGCACAGCAAGCCACGACCAAUGUCUCUGCAGUUCCCAACUCCGCCACCUCCACCAAAGUCGACUAAGGCGCCAACUCAAAGCUCUUUCCGCUUGCCAGGUGAAGAGGUCGCCGCGAAGCUCAAAGCGGCGAAGGAAGCGCGGCUCGCUCGUGAAGCAGAAGAGCAGACCAAGAAAGUCUUCAAAGCCCGACCUGCACCUACAACGACCAAAGUACCAGCUGUGCGACAAACGAGUACUAGCAAGGCUCGUCAAUCUAUGGCGGGUGGUGAAGAGCCGAAGCCAAAGACUUUCAAAGCUCGACCAGCACCCACUGCCACAAAGGCUCCGGAGGUGCGACAGACCAGCGCGAGUAAGGCUCGAAUGUCACUCAUGUCUGGAAAACCGGCGACUACCACAACUGCUGGAGUGCACAAGCGCGCGAACAGUGUUGCGACCUGCAGGCCAUCAGUGAGUGGGCGACUGAGCACUAUCAAGACCUCUGCAGCACCAGCAAAGUCUGUAAGCGUAUCGAAGCGGCCUGCAACCGCUAUGGCAACCAUGAGCAAGCCACGAUACAGCAUUGCUCCAUGGCCGUCGAUCGCAUCUUCUGUCAAGCCAAAGGCCGCCGUCACAACCUCCGAGCGGCCAAACUACCUGGGCAGUUCCACACGUGUCAAUGGUGCAUCAACAGCCUCGAAGGGCAAGGAAGUCUUCAAUCGAACUGCGAAUGCCAAGAGCUCUGAGCAGCAGCAGAAGCGAGAGAAGGAAGAGGCCGCGAAGAAAGCUCGCGCUGAGGCUGCUGAGCGGAGUCGUCAGCUCAGUCGAGAGUGGGCUGAGAAGCAGAAGCUCAAGAAGGUGGGCGUCAAGGCUGAUCCGAAGAUCAAGGAGAAUGUCGCACCGGUUCCUUUGACCUCGACUGAGGACGAAGCAGCUCUGAUUGGUGCACCCUCCGCACAGGCAUAA